AACGUCAAACAACAGAGUUCAGACCUCUUAUUGAUUUAUUUUCAUUCUGCGCAAAUAAUAACAGAGUGGAAUUAAUAAAUAUUAUUAAUUGUCAUUUAAAACAAAUUGAACUAUUUAUACUGCAGUAAAUAUGGAAUAAUAGUGCCGUGGGGUAAAUAGAAGUGAGUGAAUAUCAUUUAUUUUAAAUGUUAAUAUUGGGAACACCUAUUGUUCCAGUGUGAGACAAGAUGUUUCUAAAUUUUUUUGUUAUCUUACAAAAGCGAUGGCAAUGAAUCUUCAUGGUUUAAACUGAACUAAAUAUAUAAAGCUUCUUAGGAAAAAAUGGGUGGACAAGUGAGUCAGGUGUUCCAAUCUGGUAGUGCUUUACUGACAAAUGGACAUGGUCACAAAGUUUCUGAUUCCACUAGACAAAAGGUGCAGACGAUAUUUGAUGCCCUCAGAGCUAAUCCCAAGAUUGGAGUGCAGAGGCUAGAGGGAUUGUUACAGCAAUUACCAAGGAAUGAAAAUAUAUUAGCAAUUCACGAUGAGACUGGUUACAACUUGCUUCAAAAAUGUGUAGGAGCAAAUAAUGUUGAGUUAGUUCGCUGGCUCUUAGCCAGACACAGUGCUGCUGAUGUCAAUAGGUUUCCUUGCAGCUUGCCUCUUCAUAUAGCCUGCUUAAAGGGACAUGAUGAAUGUGUAGAACUAUUGUUAAAGCAUGGUGCCAAAUCAGAUGUGGAGGUUAGAAUGUGUUGGCCAGGUCCUCACAGCAGUAAUUGUGAAGAACGGGGAAAAUAUUCAACUGCAGUCCAACAUGAAGAGACCUGCAUAGAAAGAGAUACUCGAGAGCGGGCGCCCAAUAAUAAACUACAGUCAGCUUUAUAUUAUGCAUUGGAUGGCGAUCAAGUUAACAUAUUGACGAUGUUGUCGCAGAGAGGAGAGGACCCAUGGAAUGGUAUAUUCCGUGCAAGAAAACCCUUACUACAUUCUGCCUGCGAGAGAGGCGCAUGGAAAUGUACAGAGUACUUGAUACGAGAACGUUCAGAUGAGAUACACCUCCUUAAAGAUGAAUAUUACCCCAUCCACUACGCGGUUUUGCAUGACAGCAAAUUUCUGGAACUCUUAAUAGAUCACGGAGCAGACACCACUGUUCGUACUUGCACUCAGCAGAUGACGUUAUUGCAUGUAGUACUGCUCGUGGCGCAUAAGUCAGCUGAAGAUACUAUAGCAACAAUUAGGUUACUACUAGAUCAUGGCUGCAAAGAAUUAAUUAACACACCAGAUAGUCUGGGAAAUACUCCACUACAUGCUCUUAUUGUAAGAUACGCUCUAGAAGAAGCCCAAUAUGGUUAUGACAAAUGGAACAAAUGGAAUAAAUGGGAUAUCCUUCACCUGGUCAGAUACUUAAUACAAAACGGCGCUAGACAAUCGAUAAACCACGCCGGAAAUUCUGCAGUGGCUUGCGUGUUAAGACAUGUUCGCGAUUGGGAUGUUUGUUAUGAAUUGCUCAAUAUGUUACUCAAUGAAGAUGGUGAUCCCAAUAUGGUUGGCCGAGAUGGAUCGGUACCUCUGAUGGUCUGUUUGGUACCUCUUAUAAAUAAAGAUCCUCUACACCAUUUUACCCAUAGUAUGAAGGUUUGUUAUUUAAAUUGCAUUAAAAUUCUUCUAAAACACGGGGCCAAUUCCAAUUGUAGCUACAGGGCUAAUCUGACUCCCCUACAUGUAUUAGUAUUUACUGUGUCAGAAAAUAUAACAUUAAAUUGUAACGUCCAGAAAAGAUUAAACUUUGAAUUCAUUAAAAAUUUGUUGAUACUAUUGUUAAACCACGAUCUAAAUCCCAAUGCGAGAGUUACUAGAAAAACAGAACACAUUUUCCAGAAAUGUAUGGACAUGGUACUGAAUGUUCGAGACUGUAUGGAUCUUCACUACGUGUAUGAUCUUACACUUACUCUCAUUCAAUUUGGAGCCAAUCCUGAUUUGAGCCUCAAUAUGUCGGAAGCUAUCAGGAGGCAUCCCUUACAUUCGCAGAGUAUAUGGAAUACGAAAAACUAUAUUUUGUAUUAUUACAUAACGUUAAUAUCUAGAAAAGAGAAUCUCAUCACUGAUCCCCAUCUUAGUUUUGCUAAAAUUAUUUUGUUGUUUUACUGCGUUAUGCAACACAAGCCUCUGUUUGAGUGCCUAAAGAUCUUAUACACUCAGCAAUUGAGUUUAGUUCCCGGAAAAACAACUGAACCGCUAACUGCCAUCAUCAGAGACCUUUACAAACGACCACGAACUCUCAAACAGAUUUGUCGAGUCAAAAUCCAUAAUUGCUUAGGACGCCGGCCAGGACUUUUCAUCAACAAACUAGAUUUGCCCAAUCAGCUGAAAGAUUAUUUGUUGAAUUUUCAAAUGUAACUGUUAAGAAGGUAGAGAGACGGAGAGAGAAUGAGGACGUAAGAAAUAUAUCUUAUAAUUCUAUCACAAUCUUGUAUAUAGAAGCGUAUAACUUAAAAAUCGCGUUGAGUAUAUAGAGAUUUUGACAGAUACCUGUUGAUAUUUGGCAAUAUUUUAUUCUUUAAGAAAGUUGUUUACUUAGUUAUAACAUUAAUACCCAGAUAUUUUACACGCCAAUGAAGCAAAAGGAACUAAGAAAAGCAUAAGUUAUUAUUUCUUUUUAAUUUAAUCGUUUUUCUUUGCUUAUUUUAGUUCCUACUAAACCAUAAUAUGAAUGUAUUAGUGGUGCCUGGUCAUUUCACAUACUACUACUUUGUCAUUAAAUUUUCACUAAUCCAAUUUAAGAGUGAUACUCUACACGGUAUUACAGGACGUUUAGACGGUUUCACCCCUAUUCAGCGGUCCCCAUAAUCGCGUUCCCCGAUUGAGCGGUCUCAAUACAGCGGUCCCCGUUUCAGCGGUACCCCGAUUCAGCGGUGCCCGAUUCAGCGGUCCCCAUAAAAGCGGUCCCCAAUAGAGCGGUCUCAAUAAGAAAAUAAUAAUAUGAUAAUGAUAAGUAAUUAGUUUUAUUGUAGGAUAUUAUUUUAACCUAUUCUUGUUUGAAAAUAUACAGGUAAUAUCUAAGUAUCUGGUAUAUACCCCAGUUAAUAGGGAAAAAAAUCAUCGAUUUCACGUAAAAAUGUUCUACAGGGUUUUCAAAGUUUUAAACGGUAGAUGAGGGAUAACUGAUGAUAAUUCCAUGAAGACGUACAGCUGAUUUUGCUUUUUUUUUAACAAUUGUAAAGAAUGAAAAAAGCAGUUUUUUGACUAUAAAACGUUUCUUGUACAUUUUAGAGAAAAAUUUUUCAAAUAAAUGUAGAUCUUAAAAAGUUCUUUAAUUUGGUAGUAAGCAUAUUGUAAUAUAUAAACAAUUGAUCGAGAUAAUUGCAAAAAACCCUCAUUUUUCCAGUAAAUUAUAAAUAUUAAUAACUUUACUUUUUUGCGCAAUGACGUAAAAUUUAAUGACUUUAAAUUAUGUCAAUUAAUGAGUUAUUUAAGUGUGCUAAAUUUCAACCAGAUAGACCAAAUAGUUUAUAAGUUAUUCAAUUUGUUUAGCCCAGAGAGCAAUUGUUUAUACAACUGUUCUUGCCCUACAGUGACUCUGUGAGAUAUUUAGCAGAUCGCAGUCGAUUAUUUGAGACUUUAAUUUGAAGACGUAUUAAAAAAUUUUUAACAUUUUAUUGAAAUUGUUAUUAAAAAAACUGUUUGAAAAAGGCCUGACUUUUUAGCUUAUAAACAAUUAGAAUAACUUAGAUAUUUUUUGUGUUCCGUGCUUGCAUGUAGGCUCAGUGAAAAGCUGAUGAAAAAAUGCAUAUAAAAAAAGAAAAAAUAAUUUUAUAUGACAAACAGAAAUGAAGUUAGCAUUUAUUUUUUAAUAAAUCAUAUUUCCGUUGUUCAUACAAACUAAGAGCUGAAAAUUGAACAGAUUGUAUAUGAGAAUCUACAUUUUAUGAUCCAGUUUAUGAACUGCCUAUGCAGUGAAAUAAUAAAAAGUUGUGACCCUUUAAAAUGAUGGAAAAUCAUGGAAAAAUCAAUUGAUUACAUUUUUUUUAAUGAUUGAAUUUUACAAUUAUUUCGUAAGAAUUCUGUAAAUUUUAUUAAAUAAAGUAUAUUAUUAAGAUAAAUAUAUAAUAAAAAAUACACAUUAAAAAAGAAAAAAAUAGUUUUACAUGACCAGUAGAAAUCAAGUUAACAUUUGUUUUUUAAUAAAUCAUAUUUCAAUUGUUUACAAAUAUUAAUAGGUGAAAAUUGAACAGAUUUUAUAUAAGAAUCUACAUUUUAUAAUCUAAUUUAUGGAUUGUAUAUGCAGUGAAAUAAUAAAAAGUAAGGACCCUUUAAAAUAAUGGAAAAUCCCUGAAAAGUAAAUUGAUUACAUUUAUUAUAAAAGUUAUUGAAUUUUACAAUUAUUAUUAUUUUGUAAGUCACUUACACACGUAAAAACAUGUGUAGUUCAUAUGCUGUCAAAGUCAAAGGUGACUUGACAAUUUAUUUUCGGUAUGGUGUGGACUAACUGGAUUAAUCAAUAAUUGUGUUCACAUAUGGAAACCGUGAAAUAAAGUUAACGCUGUGGCAUUUUUUUUAAUGCCUUUUUGCAUUUUGUCAAACAGCCGUUUUAAGUGCAACAAACCGGUGUAAUAUUAGGAACUUUAAAAAUGGGGCGUAGAAAAAGCUCUUUUUGAGUAGUGGUUGUAAAAAAAAUGGAUUUUACUCACUGUUUUUUUGGUGCGGAAAAUGUGAUUUUCCGCAUGCUAGUAGAAAAAAUAUUUUUUUACUUCUAACAAAUUGAUUUGAUAAACCCGCUCUCCCUCUUUUGAUAGGUACCCGCAGAAUCAUCCUAAGUAAAUUGGUUUAUGUAGAAUAAUGUUAUAAAUAUUUAGCCUCUAGGAUAAACCUUUACAAUUUUACAAAAACUAUUGCAUGAAUUAAUUUAAAAAAUAUUUUGAAAAUUAUUUACUAUAUUACCCUACUUUUUAUGCAAUUGCAAAGCAAUAGGGUGAUUUUGUGACAAUUUAUUGUUUAUUUUAUAAAAUUCAUUUUUUAUUGUUAAAACUACUGUCCCCACGAGGGUCCUGUUUUUACUCAUUUUCCUGAACGAUGCCUUUCAAACGGCAUGCUGCAGAACCAAACGCCGGCGCUGCUGAAACGGGUCGGUGGAAUCGAGAACCGCCGAAACGGGGACUGCUGAAAUGGGUACCGCUGAACCGGGGACUGCUGAAAAGGGUCGGUGCAAUCGAGAACCGCUGAAACGGGGACUGUUAAAAUGGGGUCUUACCGUUUAGACAUACAGAGGUAGAACAGUAAUGGUAUGGAGUGGAAUAAUAAUCGGUGGAAGAACGUACCUCGUUUUUCCAGACCGCAUCCUCACAGCUCAGUAGUACCUCGACAUCAUUCUAUAACCUAUCGCUCGUCCGUUUGCUACUGCGGUUGGUCAAAACAAAGAAUACCCCAACCAACCUGUGUUGGGUGUGUAUUCUUUGGUCAAAACUUCCACCUUAUGCAUGAUAAUGCUCGUCCACAUGUCGCACGCGCAGUGACAGACUGGCUUACAAACGACGGACGGUAUCGAUGUGUUGCGUUGGCCAGCACAAUCCCCCGACCUGAAUCCCACCAACCAUGUAUAGGACAUGCUUCAGCGAAAAAUUACUUUACAUAUGGGUAACAUAUACACGCCGUUUCGUUUCCGAGAGCGUCUGAUAGAAGAAUUGGUAAACGUACGUCAACGGGAUAUCGACAAUCGCAUUUUGUCUAUGAACGACAGAUGUAGAGUCGUAAUAAAUCAGGGUGGAUGCCAUACUUUGUAUUAAUUUUGUUUUUGUUUUUAUUUCAAGCAUAUUUUGUGAUGACCAAUUUUUUUUAUUUGUACUUUUCGUUAUUUUUGACAUUUCAACAAUUUUUGUUGUUUAUUAAAUACUAUUAAUCCCUACAAAUCGAUUACUCUUUAUCCAAAAUAAUUAAAGAUAAAUUACAUCUCUUUUUAAAAAUAUACCUAGACUUUUCCGAUGUCUUUAUUUGAAUCUUGUUGCUCAGUUUCGUUUCAUUUUUGACACAAUACAUAUUCAAAAACUUUUCUGUAAUCAAUAAAUACAUUCAUCUCCCCACAUUGUCUCUGAAUCAGUACAUUUAGCUAAAAGCGUUCUUCUGUUCGUGAAACCAAACAGUGCCGAAUCCAUUAGUUGCUUUUUUGUAUAUUCGAGUGUGUCUUAUGUACAGUAACACCUUAAAAACAUCAUAUCGGCCUAACCAUCUCCGUCUGAUAGACAUGACACAAAUUCCUUAAUAACUCAAAAAAUUUUCUAUUUUAUGUUAGAAUUUUCAUAACCGAGUGACCCAUAUGUAAGUGUCUAAAUGUUUGUUUCUAAAGAAAUUAUUGUUAAAUAUUAAAGUAUCAAAAUAAAUAUAAUCGAAUAAAAAAUAUUGAUAUUAGUACGUUACCGUACAAACAUGGACUGUUUUAUAAACAACUUUUUUAGGGAAUACGAAAUUGAAAAAUAUUCUAAGCAGAAAAGUUUGCACUAUAAGUUUUUAGACGAUUAAAAAUUAUUGUUCCUUCUAAUCAUUCAAUAUGUAUUUAUAUUCAUUAGCUAUUAAGAGAAAAUCAGCGUCUAUACCUCGUUUUUAAACUAGGAGGAGUAAUUCAAAUUUACUGCGCCGUCAAAUUGUAAUUGGUCCAACCGCAGGCAAGUUUACACCAUCAACUUUUGACACUAUUGACAUUUAUCAAAUUUUGACACUAAUAGCAUUUGAAAUUGAUAGGUUAAUUGCAUAAAUUAUAUCUGCGGUUUUUUGUGUUUUUUGCGUUAUUCCCUUAAUUUUUAGAUUUUUAGUCUACAUUUAUACAGGGUGUCCCCGAAAAUAGUGCGUUCCUUUAAGGUAUGGAUAUAAUACACAAUGUAGAACAAAAAAGUCCUUUAACAUUUUCUUCUAAAGUUAACCGUUUCCAAAAAAAAUUACAUUGUUCGCCAUAUAAGCAAACUUUUAUUUUCAUAAAAUUAACUAAUUUGGCAUCACUGUACAAGAACUGUUUGUGAUUUAGUUUAUUGACACCACAAAUAUGUAGGUUAGACAGGUACACCUACAAAAUAAUUGUACCACCCCAUGUUUGAAAAUCCAAUAAAACAAGAAUUUGUUUGUUUAGGAUGAAGACAGGGUUUAAUGUAAAUACUUAUGGCUAAAAUUCUGCAACUAUUUUUGAAUUGUGAUUGUCUAUGUUUAGAUUUUUGUAUACAUAGUUGUCAGAUUUCAAUUUGCAUACCAAAAUGUAUUUUGGUUUUUUAGCCAAACAGUUGCAUUUAGAAAAAAAUGUUAUAAGACUUUUUUGCUCUACGUGGUGCCUUCUACCUAUACCUUUAAGGAACUCACUAUUUUCGGGGACACCCUGUAUAAAAAGCGGUUGUUUUUACAAAUUUUUAGCAACAUGUUAGUAUAAUAUAAUAUUUAUGGAUUACCGUCAAGACCGACAUGAUCAACCAAACAUUACUGUGUGUGAUGCUGUCUUGUGAGUUUACUCCUCCUGGUUUAAAAACAGGGUAUAGAGUCAUACUAAUAUUUAAUAAGUUGACAUAAGGGCUUGAUUCCUGCCAAUUUAGAAUGAUUCAUUACAGCGUAAUUGCUAAUGCUUCGCCAUCUCUGGAAAUAAUUCUUGCCAUCUCUUCUUCAAAAGCGUAAAGGAAAGGGUAGACUGUUGAUCAUUGCAGUAAAACAGAUAUGGAAAGAAAACUACUACACAUUGCCUGAAUUAAUGUUUUCAGUUGAUCUACAUCAGUCUAGCUAGACAAAUAAACAAGACCUUGCAUUUUAGAGAGGAAUGGGGAAUAAAAACAAGCAAACCAAGAAUAACCGAUGAGAUGUGUUUGCUCGAGAGAAAAUUUUAAAGAUCCAGAACCUUUCUGUGGUAUCACUGCUGAAGAUUCUACGAAAAGCGAGGUUCAGAAAUGGCUGAUAAGGAAUCAUCAAAAGAAAUGGGGAGCCACUCAAGGGCAAAUCCAGACUAAAAAAAAAUCUCAAGAAUAUUGAUAAAAAAAUUCUCGAACACUGAUGAACCUUAAUAAACGACACAUCAAAACGGUCACUGAAAUGGUGAUUGGACAUUGCCGUUUAAGAAACCACCUAUUCAAUCUAGGUAGGGUGAAUGAACCAUGGUGCAGAAAGUACGAAAUGGGAGAAGAGGCUGCCAUACAUAUGCCAUUGUAGUGUGCUAAGUGAUGUAAGGCAAGAAUUCACUGGUCAACUGAGGUUUGAGACCAGAAGAGAUCCUAAAACUACCAAUAUGAAAACUGUUGGCCUUUGUUGAGGCUACAGAACUUAUUAGAGUUUGAGGAAAAUUGAGGUAUCUUACGACCAAGUUACAGAGACUAAUAAGUCUCACCUGAUUUAAGAAGAAAAAGAAGAGAUGUGUUUGUGGACUGGAAUGCACAGUUGUUAUAGAUUGGUUACUUUAUGUUUAACAAUAAUUUAAUUUAUAAAUCUUAAAUUUCUAAUGGCAAUGGAGAAUAUUUCGAAUGGAAUCGAGAGAGCAGAGGAUUCUAGAACAGGAAAUAUUUACAGACCCCAGGUUGACUCAGCCUGAAUAAAAGUAGUAUAGUUGCCAACAAAUUAUUGCAGCAAAAUCUUAUGUUAAUCUUAUUACAAAUCCAGUUGUAUUUUAGUGGUGUCGUUAAGUUUCGAGAGGUAAACAUACUGAAUAGCACACAUUCAGAUAACGAGGAACUUUGUGAAUGUGGAGAAAUAUAGAAUGUGGAGCACCUGAGAGUAUGCAGACUUUACCCAUCACAGUGCACCCUCGAUGAUUUAUGGCUCGCAAAUAUAAUGGGUGUAGAUGUAGCCCGAUACUGGACAGAAAAACUAUAGUCGGAUCCAGACUCAAAAAAGUAAAGUGAGUACUGAACAGCAGGUAUAAUAAUUAAACGUACAAUAAAUUAACAUUUAUUACUUUCUAGCUGUUCUGGAGACUUAAAGACACCACUCAAAGACAAAUGACUUUGUAAUAAGCUUAAGCUAAGCUUCUGCAGUAACUUGUAGGCAACUAUACCUUGGGGUGUAUAAUCAGGGGUAAUAAUAGGCGGUUAAAGCGUAGCACUGACACUGUUAUCUUUCUUGGAUACCGUAGGCUCUCGAAAUAGCAGACUACCCUGCUAUAAUCGCAAAGCCGCGUUAUCGGUAUAAAAGGGAGACUAUUAUUAUUAUUCUUUAAUAAAAAAUAGAUUUAGAGUGAAAUACGAAGUUGGGAUUUGAGUUUAUGAUCCGUGUUAGAUAGAUACUACUUUCCCCUAAAUAAUGACCAUUCAUCGCUUCUUGACAUUUAUUAUCUUGGCAUAUUAUACUAUGACCUAUUUUAAAUUAAAUUAUAUUUACCUUUAUAAAAAAACUAUUUUGGAAAACUGCAAUCAAAUUAACAACUAAAUGCAAACUUUAAGCUUAGGAUUAUCGUCAUAGUUAUGGCGUUUAUUUAAAUUGUUUUCGAAUCUGGUGUUUCCUGAGAUCAGUUUUAAAUUAAUUAGACAAUCGUUUAAAUACAGGUUAUUAUAGAUUUUACAAAAAUCCAGCCAUGUCGAUGACUAAAUUGCAAUAUUAAAUUUCAGGUGAACUCCAUAGCAGAUAACUCAAAAGGAGAGUAAGUUUCUUUUCCACUCUAACUUGUAAUACCAAAUCAUUCCUAAAAGCGUUUGCUAGCAUAUAAUACUGAAUUUUAGAGAAUAUAUACGGGAACGAGGGGUUGAUAUAAUGAUUUAAACCCCAAUAUUUGGCUAAAUCUUAAAUAAAUCUGGCUAUACAAUCAUGUCUAUUCUGUAACUCAUUUCGAUGAUAGAAGUAAGGAAAAUCGUAUAAAAGUGGCUAAGUCGAAUAGAAAUAGUCCAAAUCGGUAUUCCAUAACCAUUUUGGAAUCUCUACAAUCGGAAUAUUGAAUAGAAAGGUCUUCGACAGCAUUUACUCUGUCGAAAUGAGUUUUCGAUAUCGGAAUUUUUCGCAUUUUAUUUUAUUUUGAUGUUUAUAUUUUAUAUCUACUAAAAAUAAUUUGUUACUUCUUAUUUAUAAUUAUUAUUUACAGUGUUUAUACCUUUUUGUAGCUGCUUAAUUUUUUAGUCUGCGGUGUGAUUUAUUUAGAUAAUUCUAUAUUUAAUUUAGACAUGUACGCGUAUGCAUUUAACCUAACCUUAAUUUAUUUAUAUUUGGCAUCUGAAUAUAUUAUUUUGUGUAUGCCCGUCACAGUGUUGCCAUACUUUUUUUGUGAAAUUUCUUGUACAAUUUCAAUCAAUGGUAUAAUGUGCAAGAAUAAGAUUGUAGAAGAACAUUUAAAAUAUAAAGAUAUACUUAUAGCGUUAGUUGAUAAAUAUAUACCAGUAUAGAUGUAUAUUUAUCAAUCAACGCUUAUAGUCUGAACAAAUUAUAGAAAAAAGGCCAUUUUUGGGAAAAGUUGUUUAACAAUUAUUUUAGCUGGAAUCAAUCUUAAGAUUGCAUAUUAAUGUCGAUUUUAAUUAAUUAAUUAAUAAUAAUUGGACUUCUCCAAAUCAACCACCUCCCUUAUCAUCAAUACGUUCCUGAUAGAAUGCUUGAAAACGACGACUACAAGCUUUACUGUACUCACUGUGCUCACAGACCAAACAUUGGCACACAAUACACCGGAUCUCAUACUAGUUAAUAAACUUACUAGGCAAACAACAUUAAUAGAGGUGGCGAUACCUAACAACAAUAAUCUGCGUGUUAAGCACAACGAAAAGAUCGCCAAGUAUAGAGAUCUUGAAAUACAAAUAAGGAGACAAUGGAGAAUGGAAAGUACCCAGACAAUACUCAUUAUUCUUUCUACUACUGGAGUCAUUCCGAAGAGCCUCAUCGAAAACAUUAACAAGCUGGGUCUAAAUGAACAUCUUUUCAAGACUUUGCAGAAAGCUGUGCUGCUCUCGACGUCCAUAUGCGUACAAAAAUUUUUGGGAGAUACUCCGGCGUACCAAGUCACCUAGGGCUCGCUAACACGGAAAGAAUCCCACCAGAGCUCAAUGCUUUUAAUACCCUAGGUAUCUGGGAUGAGUGAAUUUCCCCUUAAAGGGAGUGUGGGCCGUAUGGCUAAAUCUGAAUAAUAAUUAAUUAAUAACAACAAUUUAAAUCAUCUUUGAUUUAAAAACAUUUAUAAAACUUAUCUUCAUUUAUCUUUUUUAUUUAUCAGUUUAUAUUCUUUUUUAUAACAAUUUUAAUUAACUUUGAUUUAAAACCAUUUAUCCCCUUUUAAGCCUUUUGUAUCCAGUAUUGAAACUGAUAUUUUACUAUUUACUUUUCAAAACUUUUCUUUUUUGGUGUUUCAAAACUAUUUUUUUAAUGCAACUUUAUGUAAUGUGAUAGUAUGAAAAAAUUGAGAAUAUGGCAACGGUGUCAUAUUUCAAGUUUAGAACCAGCAAAUAAUACUCCAUCCGUUGGAUGGAGUAUUCUUUGGAUUUGGAUCCAGUAACAAACAGGUCACAGAACUUGUCACAGAACACUAAUUUCACUUUUCAGUGCGAGGUUGCCACCACCUUCUGACCGCGUCAAAUAGAAUUUGGCGUUUUCGAUGUACACUGAUUACGAUGUGAGUUACAGGAUGCUAAUGAAAACACGAAAAUGACGCGAAAUAUCAAACAUUCCAAUUUCGGGUAAUUACGAUUCGACAUGGUCAUUUCUAUUCGAUUUGUUAAAAGUUACAGAAUAGGGCUAAAUACAACUGUGGAGAAAUAUUAUUAAAUACAGUAGUGUUAUGGAUUAGAAUCUUACAUUUAAGUAAACAACCGAGGCAAGUUGUAUUGCAUUUAGUUUGUCGAUAUUCAGUUUAAGCAAGGCCGCUUUUAAUGUAUUUAAAUAAUUAAUUAAUCUCGAAAUGAAUCUCAAAUGUUUUAAAAUCUUUUUACUUGAUCUGAGGAAUACCUUACCAGUGAAUGUAGAUAGGUACCUUCUUGUGUUUUUCUAGAGAUAUUAAUAAUUUAGAAAAUAAAUAAAUAUACAUAAAUAUCUUUUGCAUGUUGUGGUGGCAGAUUUGCAGAAUAUAAGUCCUUGCUUGCUUGUUUAUAAGUUGGGCUAACUGGGGCGAUAGUGAAGGUACGAAUUAGUAUUUCAAUAAUGUUAGCAUUACGAUGGUGUAAGUACCACAAGUCGUAGCCACGAAAGAUAGAAUUUUAUAGAAAAAAUAAAAACAUUGUAAUAGAGUAAAUAAUUUUUGUUGAUGAUUUUGAUGAAAUCCUUUCCUUCGAAACCCUUGGUAUACUACAACUCUCAGAUAAUCCAUUGUACACUAUGCGUCAGAGAAAACGGGCACCCCACAAAAUGGGUCAUUUUUGAUGUCUCGAAUUUCCUAAACCUGUUGUCCGAUUUAAGUGACUUUUAUAAUAUGUUAUAGCCUUAUUCUUUAACAAUAUCGCUGUAAUAAUAUUGUUGCUAGACAGGUAAAUUGCCAUUGUAUACCGGGUGUACCAAUUAAUCUGUGUUUUUUCUUAAAGUUCACCACACCCUGUGGAAUAUUCUAGCAUUUAUAAAAUACUGAAAUGAAAACCCAACUAUAGCCUUAGGUUUUCUUAACAUUCUGUUUUUUGAUUCAUUUGCUUAUGUUGGAUAAUAAAAAAGUUACAUACUUUAACAACUAGCCAUGUUCUUCAUCAAUACAGGGAGUUUCUAACUCAGUGCGAAAAACUUGAAGGUGUAAUUCUGCAUGAAAAAAUAAUGACCGUUUGCUUUAUAAACAUGUCCGCAAGUGCUUCUUUUCUGAGAUACGAGAUGUUGAUUUUUUUCUUACAAACUGACGAUUUAUUUAUUGCUCUAAAACCGGUUGAGAUAUGCAAAUGAAAUUUGGUAGGUUUUAAGAGAUAGUUAUUGCACAUUUUUUGGCAUGCAAUAAAGAAUUUUAUAUUCUCCAUUGGCGCGCAUACGGGUCAUAUUACCGGCAGCUCUAGAAUCAAUAUUUAAGAACACAUGUUAUGGGCAUCAAUAUAGAUGAAACAAAUCUAAAUCAUCUGAGCUUUGCAGAUGACAGACAUUGUAUUAAUUGCAGGCAACUUACAAGACACCGUUUCUAUGAUACAUUCGCUUAAAACUCUGUCUGAAAGAGCAGGAUUAAAAAUAAACUUGUGAGAAAACUAAACUUAUGACAAAUCUCGUAAUGAGUGGAAAUAAAACUAGUAACAAUAAUUCCAUACCACAAAUAGACACAAAUAUCUGGGAUACGAGAUCAAAAUAAGCAGAAACAGUCAAACACAUGAAAUACAAAGGCGAAUAGGUCUGACAUGGGCAGAAUUUGACAUACUAAACCAUAUUCUAAAAAGUUCAAUUCCCAUGUGUCUAAAGCGAAAGUUCUAUAACCAGCGUGUCUUUCACGUACAAACAUAUUUAACAGACACUACAAAAAGACCGUUCAAGAGCAAAGCUCGUUCAAGACGUCAUCGAAACAAUCACGACGCUUAAGUGGAACUAGGCAGGGCAUUUAGCUAGAACACAAGACGGACGGUGGAUAAGACUAUUCAUGGAAUGGAGGCCCAGAAACUAUAAAAGAAGCCGAGGACGACUACCGACCAGUGGCGGAUCCGGGGGAGGGCGAUGGGGCGAUCGGCCCCCCCUCUCAAAAUGAUGCUGGAUCCGCCAGUGCUACCGACUAUACUAGAGUAGCGGGAAACUGGCUAUAAGCGGCCCAGUGUAGAACAGAAAGAACUGAGGGAGGUCUACGUCCAGCAGUGGACGCGAUUGGCUGAUUGAUGAUAAUGAUCAGCUCAUAACUUAGUAUAAGCUAAUUUCCUUUCCAGCUUUUUUAGCCUGUAACAAAUUUUUGUUUUAGAAAUAGAUGUAUAAGUUCCUCGAGAUUUCCUAGUCUCUAUAUGCUUUGUAAUGUGAUUUAAGAUGGAAUAGACUCGCUUAGUUCAGUAUGUAAUUUGGACGAUAUUUGUGUGAUUGAAAGAUAUUUUUUAAUGUUCUUCUUUCCAGAACUCAAUUGAUAAUGAUUAAGAGUCUCUCUGUAGUAUAUUUGAUCAUGAAACGUAAGAUAUCUUUCAUCAUUUGUAGUCAGUGAUAGUGUAACAGGUUAUUGGAUGUCGCCUAGGUAGUGUAGCAUAUAAUACUGUCAACAAAAAUUAUUACCUCGGUGUCAAAAUAUAUAUCAGAAAGUAUUUGCAUUUUAUAAAAGAAAAUUCAAACAAAUUAAACUUUAAUGAGUAAAAAGCUUUGUUGAAUAUUUCUCUAGAAAAAUACUGAAAAGUAUCAUUAUGUAAUUAUAAAAAUGUAUAGUUUAUAUUACGUUAUUAUAUUGUGAUUACUGUUAUGGCGAAUUGGUAACCAUAUUUAAAUAAAAAUAUUUAUUAAAAAGUUA